GGAGCCCCGGCCAGCGCGCAGCCCGCCCGGCGCCGGCAAGCUGGGUCUUGGGAAUGCUGGUUCGCCCUGGCUCGCUCGCUUGUACAAACUCCUGGAUCUUACAUGCCUCUGUAACCCCCCACUUCCACGCCAUGUCCCCAUGCUCCUGCGCCGGCAACAGGACCUGUUCUCUGGAUGUCAGCUGAGUUACUAAGGUGACUCUGCACGCCAGGAGAGAGACCUUGGUAGAAAGAACCUUAAGGCUCUUGGAGACCCCCAUCUCUCCUUCUUUUCUGUGUGUGUGGGUCUUCACUGAACAUUCAAACCUGUUUCUCCAAAGGGUUUUGCAAAAACUCAGACUGUUUUCCAAAGCAGAAGCGCUGGCGUCCACAGCAGAAGUGAUGGGCAGCGUACGCACCAACCGCUACAGCAUCGUCUCUUCGGAGGAGGACGGCAUGAAGCUGGCCACCCUGGCGGUGGCCAAUGGCUUUGGGAACGGGAAGAGUAAAGUCCACACUCGACAGCAGUGCCGGAGCCGCUUUGUGAAGAAGGACGGCCACUGCAACGUGCAGUUCAUCAACGUGGGCGAGAAGGGCCAGCGGUACCUGGCGGACAUCUUCACCACAUGUGUGGACAUCCGCUGGCGGUGGAUGUUGGUUAUCUUCUGCCUGGCUUUCGUUCUCUCCUGGCUGUUUUUCGGCUGCGUGUUUUGGUUGAUAGCGCUGCUCCACGGGGACCUGGACGCAUCCAAGGAGAGCAAAGCGUGCGUGUCCGAGGUCAACAGCUUCACGGCCGCUUUCCUCUUCUCCAUCGAGACGCAGACCACCAUAGGCUACGGCUUCCGCUGCGUCACAGACGAGUGCCCCGUGGCUGUUUUCAUGGUGGUCUUCCAGUCCAUCGUGGGCUGCAUCAUCGACGCCUUUAUCAUUGGCGCGGUCAUGGCCAAGAUGGCCAAGCCCAAGAAGAGAAACGAGACCCUGGUCUUCAGCCACAACGCCGUGAUCGCCAUGAGGGAUGGCAAGCUCUGUCUGAUGUGGCGGGUGGGCAACCUUCGGAAAAGCCACCUGGUGGAAGCUCACGUGCGAGCACAGCUCCUCAAAUCCAGGAUUACUUCCGAAGGGGAGUACAUCCCCCUGGAUCAAAUAGACAUCAACGUCGGCUUUGACAGCGGCAUUGACCGCAUAUUUCUGGUGUCCCCCAUCACCAUCGUCCACGAGAUAGACGAGGACAGCCCUUUAUACGAUCUGAGCAAACAGGACAUCGACAACGCGGACUUUGAGAUCGUGGUGAUACUCGAAGGCAUGGUGGAAGCCACGGCCAUGACCACGCAGUGCCGGAGCUCGUACCUGGCCAACGAAAUCCUCUGGGGCCACCGCUACGAGCCCGUCCUCUUCGAGGAGAAGCAUUACUACAAAGUAGACUAUUCGAGGUUCCACAAGACUUACGAAGUACCCAACACUCCCCUUUGUAGCGCCAGGGACUUAGCGGAGAAGAAAUACAUCCUCUCCAGCGCUAAUUCCUUUUGCUAUGAAAAUGAGGUUGCCCUCACAAGCAAAGAGGAAGAAGACAGUGAAAACGGGGUCCCAGAGAGCACGAGUACGGACACACCCCCUGACAUAGACCUUCACAACCAGGCAAGUGUACCCCUAGAGCCCAGGCCCUUACGGCGAGAGUCGGAGAUAUGACUAAUUCCUCCUCGGGAAUAGUUACUUUGAAACGCAGUCUGUUGGUCAAAGGCCCAAAGCAGUUACGCAGACGACGGUACUGGUGAAGAGGUGGUUUGAGACAAGUGACCACGAGGGACUGAGGCUAGCACGAUGCUUUCAAAGAAAGACUGUAGGCUCAGAGAUGAACCUAAAGCACUAAACAUGCCUGCCCCCCGUGACCCGAUGGCACAUAACACGUUGUAGAAUAAGUUAUGGGACGUUUAUGUCUUGUCUUGUGUUUUCAUACCAAACUUGAACUUGCAGGCAAGCCUUGGUUGGUUGGGUAUUUGACGUCUCCAGAAUGCUUCUCUUUAGGGAACAAGAAUGUUUUUAAAUGGCAUCACAUUUUUAAAUGUUUUCAAGGCAAGACUCUGCCUUAACUUUUGAAAAGCUGCUAACUACACGAACACACGUUGUACUGUUGCAGUGUAGUUUUUCUUGUGUGUAAUUUAAAAAGUCAGUGUUGAACUUUCUCGAGAGCUCAUGGUAUGCGCUUCAAAGUGGCAGGUAUUUGGCUGUUAGUGGCCAAAACGAGAGCCUGAUUUUUUGAGGCCAGUAAUCUGUUUGCUAGAAUUGAUUUCUCUCUCUCUCUCUCUCUGUCUCUCUCUGUCUCUCUCUGUCAAUCUCCUUCCGGUUACAUAAGGGCAUUAUGUAACACUAGCCAAAUGGUAGCCUCUGGGUUGUCGUUAUUGGUUUUUUUUUUUUCUCUAUGAUGUUAAUGGGUGAUCUCAAAUUUUAAGUUAGACUACCUGAAAUAAAUACCAAAGAUAAUGCACAUUUUUGCACAGUGGAGCUUAUACUAAAAAGGAAAGAAAGCCCCACGGCUGCCUUGAAAUCAAGAGACAAUAACUUUGAACCUCAGCAAGACCGUGAACUGCCCUCUCCUUUUGCACCUUAUUCAGAAAACAGAACAUCACACACACAGUCGAGUAAGCGCCGUGCUUUACAUCUCUGUUCCUUCGUGUAACUUUCACGUUAUAGGAGGAAGAAGACAGGGGAAGAAAAAUUCACACGCACACGAUAUAAACAUCUUUUCUUUCCUUCGAGGUGGUGCUAGCCAGGUGAACGCAUACGACGUUGAGAGACGGUGAUGUCAGUGCCCUUAGAUUUUUUUUCUGGGUUUUUCCAUGUUUUGCACAUUCCAAAAUUUAUUCCAGAAGACAAGACCUAGGUUGAAAUGAGCUGGCAUCCUUGACGCUGAGCCAUCCAGCUUGAAAGAUCAAUAGGUUUAUACCCCUGUGGCUGAAUUCCUUGCCCUGACAGCUGGUACAUCUCCAGCUUAACUGCAUCUUCCAAAAGAUGCCACGCCUGGCCUCUAGGCUGGCUCUUACAAUCGGGCUGUCUGGACUGAGUCCUACAGCAUCCGAGGGGGCUGGGAAUGCCAAAGUGGGAAGGUGGGAAGAUGCCGAAGGGCCGUUUUGACGUAGCUCAUCAGCUCAAGUAUUCAGGAGGGAGGGGAACAUUGCUUUUUUUUUUUUUUUUUUUUUCUAAUGGUACAGAGUAGGAAUUGAAAAUGUCUCAGUAAUGUAGGGUCAACAAGAGCCAUAAAAAUUCUAAGAGACUCACAAGUAAAGGAGAAAAUGAUCUAAAAGGGUCCUUUCCCCCGACGGAUGCACGCUCGUGAUUGAAUCCAAGCUGACCCCUUCGCCCGCGGAGCCCUAGAGCAGGCUCCUUAGGGCACAUUGUUUUCCAGAAGCCUCUCCCGCCUGGCUGCCUGACUUGCUAGAAACAUUUUGUUUUGUCUUGUUUUCCGCUCUAGCUCAACAUAAUGGAACUCUCUUUUGGUUUAAAGUUCCUUAUUUGUGAAUUCUGGGGUUGCUGACUUUUCUUUUUAAUUGGCGUCUCAAAAUCAACUCUCUUACGGUAUUCUAUCCCUGUAUGCCAUUAAAAAACAGCUUGUUCUAGAAUCCUGUAUUUUGUAAACUGUUGUCUGUGAUGGUCUAUGGUUCUCGAACAGCCAUAUCUGAAUGCAGUGCCUGCAAUAAUUGGACAGUCUCUGCUGUUCUCAGCCUUCAGAGUCGAUGGGUUUGAACACUGUGGAGUUCUUUUCACUGAAACCAAGUUAGAGAUAUCAAGCAAGUGGAUGUUAUUUUAAGUCCAAACUUAAAGGCAGAUUAGGGAAGUUGUUUAGAGAGGUGGAGGGAUUGCGUGGAUACAGAAUUUACAUUCUUCUGUAAACGGCAAAUGUUUGGCCAUUGACAGGAUGCUGACGGUUUCAGCUGCUGCUAUUUCGAUAUUUUUGCAAAGGAAAAUAAUCAAACCAAAGAGUAUUCAGUGGUCUGUAAAUUAAAUGAUGAUGCAGUGGAGAAUGGGGGUGACCACAGAAAAGGCACCUUCCCAUCACACAGCUCUGCCACUUAAAAAGACUUGAGAUAUUUGAAAGGGGGUGGGUAGGGGGCAAGAAUGAGGGAGGGAACUCUUGCAACUUCUUUCUGAAAAAGAGAAAAAAAAAAUCUAAAAUUUCUGGUGCACAGGUUUGUUUUUUUUUUUCAAGAAAAUUUUGCAGAAGCUAUGUUUUUAAAGUGUACAUUUUAUAAAGUUUAUCAGAUAUUUUCAUAUUUAAAGCCAAAUGUAAAUAGAAGUCUGUAAAGGGAAAAAAGUUGCCAUAGAAAGUAUAAUUUCAGUGCAGCCAUUUCUGAGAGCUGGUACCUAUAUGCUACCGGUUAGCAUGGUUUUAGCAAAUAUUUACCAGCCUUAUAAGGUUCGUAUUGCUAUGUUCUUCUGUUAUUUAUUUCAGCAUGGACUGUUGAUUUGAAAGCUUUUUCUAGUUAUUAGUAUUUUCACAGUGACAAUUUUUUUUUUCUUUUUGUCAAGAGCCAAGACACAGGUAAUGCACAACGGUUUUUGUUUUUGUUUUUGCUGCAUUUUACCUUCAAAACAUUUGUCAUUGACUGGGUUUCCUUAAUUAGUGCACACAUGUCAUUAGAAUGCAGGUUGAAGAGACUCACUGUGAAUAUCUGGGGUCUGUUCCGGGAUCUGUGUUGGCUUCUCCGUGACAAGCAAACCCCCACUGAAUUUACUUAGGAAUUAUUCCCUUUUAAAGAAUUUUUGCCCAUAUCUGGAUGGGCAUUAUAUUUUUGGGAGGGGGACUAGAUUCCUGGUUAUCUUAUUUUUAAAGAAAAGGUAGACAAAGUGAAUUCUAUUUUGAUUAUUGAGAAAGGAAUAGUUUUCUAUCCCUCUAAGAGUAUACUUGAAUCAGACAUUUUAAGGAUGUCACCCAUAACUCUGAAACCAUUUCCAAAUUCCUGGUGAAAGUUUGUUUUAUCUUUUUUUUUUUCAAUUCUAUCAGUGCAUUAUUUCUUCCCUUCAUUUCCUUUCUUCCCUGUCAACUCCCACCUCAAACCUUGAUGUUUAUUCAAUGAGUUCUGUCCCCUAAAUCACGUCACUCUUACAAAAAACAAAUGUUGGUUCAUAUUUGAUGAUAUGCCACUCAGUAAAGGUAAAAAGCUUGUUCUGAGAAACAGAGUGAGUGUUUUUUCACUCUGUGUCCAAUAAUGUUAAGGUUAAAAAAAACAAGAAAAAAAAAAAGUGUUGCAUAGUCACUCACUCCCAACUAGAAUCCCUUUUCUAGUUAUGUUGGGUUUCAGCUCUGGGGCUGCGGUGAAUUGAACCAUCCCGGCCUUUGACAAUCGUGAGAGUUAUUAUUUUCCCGUUUGCUGUCUUUUUGUAUCUAAAGUCUUCCUAAUGUACUGCACAAACCAUGGAUUGUACAUAUUUUUAUAUAUUAUGUCUUAUUUUAUUAUUUCUAAAUAAAAACUUAAAAAUUGGAAACAAAUCAGUGCAAGAAUCUGUGGGCUCCCUGUAUGGUUACUGUAGCACCCCUGAGAUAGAAAGCAAAGGUUCCCAAACAAGAGGGCAUAAACCCUGAUAGUUUGGAUAAAUGGAACCGAUCACCGAAACAGGUGUGGGGGGCAGCUUACCCUAAUCCAAGUAAGAGGAAGUCAAGCUUGUAUUUUGUUUCUGGACAGAAUGGCCUAGAUAGAAAAGACCGACAAACAAGCAAACAAAACCAACAAAACGUGUAAGGUUUAGAUUUUGAGUCUCUGUGUCAACAACGGAAGUUACUCGUUAUUGAGCCUAACCGGGUAGGGUUCUGGCUUUCUAUUAUUUCAUUCCCCCGAAACCAAAUCAGGUUAUUAUAUUCUCGUGUAAUAGAUCAGAGUCGGCAAAUAUGUUCCCUAAAAGGCCAGAUAGUAAAUAUUUCUGGCUUUGUGGAACAGUCUUUGUCAGAACUAUGCAGCUCUGCCCUGGUACUACAAAAUCAACCACGGAGAAUACAACAGCAAAUGGUGCGGCUGUCUGUCAAUAAAACUUUACGUAUACAAACGGCUGGAGGGCCAGAUUUGGCACACGGUCUGUAAUUUAUUGACCUCUGUUAUACAGGAAGAAACUGAGGCUGGAUUUGAAAGCUAAUAAAUCAUCGAGCGGGUAUUCAAAUUCAGGUUUUAUGUGCUUCUAAAUUUAGUUUAAUCCACUAAGCUAUAGAGCGUUUCAGGGUACCAAGGAUCUGUGGUCUCAGAGAAAAUGUCAAUUCCUCCGGCAAAUUUCAAAUAGCUUAACUGUUUUCCACCAUUGGAAACACUGAGGAAAAUCCCCAUCCUGAAAUAUGGGUUGCUCCUUAAUGUUUUUCCUUUAACAAAUAUUUUUCUUUAAACAAAGCCCUUACUAUGUUUUGAAGAUGGUUCUACAUUCUUUAUGAGUAUUGAAUAAUUUAAUCUUAAGAGCAACCCUGUGGCUUCUGCAUGAUUAUUAUCCCUAUUUAAGAAAUGAGGGGACUUCCCUGGCAGUCCAGGGGUUAGGACUCUGUGCUACCACUGCAGAGGGCCCGGGUUUGAUCCCUGGUUGGGAAACUAAGAUCCCACAAGCCAUGUGGUGUGGCCAAAAAAAAAAAAAAAAAAAGGAAAUGAGGUCACUGAGGCCCAGAGAGGUUGAGUAUCUUGUGUAAGCACACACAGCUAGUAAGUACUAGAGCUGAGCCUUAAACUGAGGCCAUUUAGUUUGCAGCAACAUGGAUGGAUCUAGAGAUUAUCACACUGAGUGAAGUAAGUCAGACAGAGAAAGACAAAUACCAUAUGAUAUCGUUUAUAUGUGGAAUCUAAAAUAUGACACAAAUGAACUUAACUAUGAAACACAAACAGACUCACAGACAUAGAGAACAGACUUGUGGUUGCCAAGUGGGGAGGUGGGGGAGGGAUGGAUUGGGAGUUUGGGGUGAGCAGAUGCAAACUAUUACUAUAUGUAGAAGGGAUAAACAACACGGUCCUACUGUAUAAGCACAGGGAACUGUAUUCACGCUCCUGGGAUAAACCAUAAUGGAAAAGACUAUGAGAAAGAAUGUAUAUAUGUGUGUAACUGAAUCACCUUGCUGUACAGCAGAAAUUAACACAAUAUUGUAAAUCACCUAUAUUUCAAUUAAAAUAAAUGGAGGCCGUUUAGCACUGGGCUGAGCUUUUUAUCAUUAUACUACGCUUUCCAUUUGGAGGCAUUCUUGGGAAAAGUUUCAUCAUUUCGUUUCAGGCCUCUCUGCUUCUCAGUUUUUAUUCUCCUUGGUGAUGAAAAUGCAUUCUUUUUCUCCACAUAGGAGACUAGACAUGAGCACCCACCUCCUUCAUAACCUGCUCUACAAUUGCUCCUUUGGUUCCUGAGGAGAGAGGACAACUCACAAAGGUAGAUUAAUUACAAAUAAGCAUCAGUGGUGGGAUUUAGGUAAAUUUCAAACUUCAGAUUAAUUUCAGUUAACUAGGAAUCGCUGAGGUCUGUCCCGAGGUGAAACCACAAAGCUCUGUUACUAACCAAACGGCAGGCACCCCACCACAUCCCACACUUCUGCUUUCCUCCAGCUGUGGGCUGCCAAAGGUGUAACAUGAUCCGCUUGGUGAUCGGUCCCAUUAAACAAGAUACAGGAUGGUAACUCCAGGCAACAGGUUGAGUGCUAUAUGAGUCCCACCUCUACUUUAAAAAAAAGAAAAUUAAAUUGUACAAAAAGAAAGGGUGAGGGUAGAAUUUCAGAGGUUUUCUGCUUAGGCCUUUUCAGUGAAAGCCAAGCAAGGCCUCCCAACUCCAGCCUCUUUAAGCAACAACCUCUAGCUAAUACUCACAAAGAAGAAAACAUGUUUCUCUCUAGAAAUUUCCGUAUUAAAGCUCGAAACACUGACUACAUCAAUCAGAUUUGCUUUCCCCAAUUAAAAGAAACAAAAUAAAAAGAGAAACCUAGCUUUAUGCAUUUUGAGUGAGCAAAGGAGCCUAGUGACCUGAUGAUUUGAGCCACUAUAUGAGGUUUGUUAUAAUGACUUAAACAUUUUUAUAUAAUUAUAAGGUGAUACCUACAAGGCAUGGGUGAAUAAAACUAUCAUAGUACCUGGCUCUGGAAUAGGUUGACCAGCUGUCCUGGUCUGUUUGGGACACAGGGUUUCCCCAGGAUGCAAGACAGGCAGUCCUAGAACCGGAAAAGUCAGUCAUCUGCUUUGGAGGCUAGAGGAGUACAAGUGUUGGGAAAGUGAAGAGAGAAAAGGUGAGCCAGACUCAGCACACGUGUUACUAAAUAGUAAGAAUAAUAAUGAUGGAUAAUUACACAUAAGUGGUUCUCUUGGAAUAACUGAAGUUUGUUGCCUCGAGGGCAUUCAUUGUUUUGGAGGAAUGGUUUGCUAAAAUAUUAUACAAUUCUCUGCCUCAUUCAAAAAAUAGUGUGUAUUAUUUAACGUUUCUUUAUGUGGUUCAAGCUACUAGGUACAUCUCUUCCUGGUGGGGUGUGCUUUGAAGUCUGUCCAUUAAACAAUCAGCUACUAUUUUGUCCUUAGCACCAUUUAGGUUCUUUUCUUUUCUUUUUUUUCCCCGUACGCGGGCCUCUCACUGUUGCGGCCUCUCCCGUUGCGGAGCACACGCUCCGGACGCACAGGCUCAGCGGCCAUGGCUCAUGGGCCCAGCCGCUCCGCGGCAUGUGGGAUCCUCCCGGACCGGGGCACGAACCCGUGUCCCCUGCAUCGUCAGGCAGACUCCCAACCACUGCGCCACCAGGGAAGACCCCAUUUAGGUUUUUGCUUCUCUUUGCUGUUUUGAGGAAAUCAGAUAAUCCAUUAUAAAGACUAUAUGACUAAUAAUAGCCGGAAAGGUACAGGUGAGACACAAAAGACCUGGCUUGAGCAUAGAGUUUUUGUGGUGAUGGUACUAACUUUCAGAGAUCUUUUUUAUUUCAAGUGUGAAAUUACAUUCUGAAUGGUUGACUCUGUUAAUGGGUUUGGCUUCUAGAAAAUUCUGUUCAAUUUGACCAAAAAUUUAUUGAGGAAUUAUUAUAUGGUGCUGGUUACUCAAAACUUUCUGUAUGGAUUUUGUCUUCAAUAGGACACAGUUUGGAAAAAGGGUGGUACCACUAUAUAUUCAUUUUGUCUUAAAAUUGAGUUUUAUAUACAAAAUGUCUCUGUAUAAUUAUAAGUACCAGUUGUUGAAUACUUAUGACUUAUUAGGCACUGCACAGAGAUCUUCACUUGAUUAAAUAUUUUUCCAGGGUUGUGACCAUGGAUUCAAAUAUUUCUGCAACACCUUAUUGGGAAUCAUUUGAGGUAGUUUUGUAAAAACUUUGUCCCCUAAGAUGCUGUUCCUUUACUUCUUCCUGCUAAA